UUUGUGUACUGAAUCUUAAGGGCAUAAAGAACUACCUCUUUCAUAUCUGGUUGUUACCCUUGAAGAAUUGUUAAAGCUUUAGGAAGAUGGUCUAAAAACAUUUGAAGAAAGAUUAAAUGCUUCUCCAAGUAACGCUCUAAUGGAUGACAGAGAAUUUCCACCAAAUGAUCUACAAAUAGACUCAAAGGACAGUCUCUCUGCUGACUGUAAGGUAGAAGGUUUGACAUCUCAUUUGGUAUCUUCAUCUGAUGAAAAUGAGAAUCAACUUGACCGUGAUGGGAAUGAGGUUAUAACUAGUAGUGACACCGCUAUGGGAAGACAGAAUGAGGGUGAGCAGGACAGCAUCAAUAAUAAUGAAAAUACGGACAGUGGAGACUGUGCCCCAACCUGUAAGGAAAGCGAGACUGAGAGGAGAUCUGUAAAUGUCCAUGUGGAGCCCCAGCUGGAGAAAAAACCUGUUACGGAAAAACAGACGGGUGGAAAAAGAAGCCCAAGAAGCAAAAGAGGCUCCAGUAAAAAAUCUAAAGGAGUUCCUUCAGUGGGAACCACAGCAAUCAAGGAAGAAAAUAUUCUUGUUACAGACACAGACACUGUGCGUGCUGAAGGUGCAAACGAAGCAAAUGAAGACUCUUACCAGAAAGAACAAAAGCAAACAUUGCCAUCCCUUUUCUCUUUGCUCCGUGAAGAGGUUGAGCAGAUGAAUUCAAAGAUACUGCCUCUGUGUCUCCAUCAGAUAGCUGAGACCUAUUUUCAAGAGGAAGAAUAUGAGAAGGCAAUGAAAUUCAUCCAGCUUGAACGGCUCUAUCAUGAGCAGCUGCUUGCAAAUCUCUCUUCCAUACAGGAGCAGUGGGAAAGAAAAUGGAAAGCAGCAGCUCCUAGUCGAGUUACAGUAAGGAAUUCGGCUAAAGAGCUGAGCAGUGAAGAGUUGGAAAAGCUUACAAAAGUUUGUUCUUCACAUCAACAGCCACUUGCAUCCAAACAUAAGCUAGCAGCUGCAGAAAAUACAUGGGAAAGCAGUCAUUUCCUCCAAUUAAUGGGAUCAGAAAGUUUAAAGGAAAGUGAAGCUGCAGCUUUUAAAUCAGGUACGGAAGCUUUUCGUGGCGUUGGACCAAAGAAAGAAGAUAAGCAGCCGCGUGCUGGCUGCCAAGGUAGAAGCGGAGCGGAGAGAGCGGCAGAGGCAGCGGGGCUGCGGGUAGCUGCGGGGAAGGACCACACGGAGGAGCAGCCCUGCAGCGCUGAGUCAACGCGGGAGCCGCACGCCCAGCGCGCGGCGAGAGUGGGCAGGCCUCCUCCGGGCUGCCUGUCGUCUGGGGAUGCUGCUAGAGAGAGCAGUUUGCAGCAAAGACAGCUCUCUGAGGAUGUGGGAAAAAUAGGAGAGGCAGCUGGGGAGCCUGGGGUUAAGCUCUCCGUUGAGCCAAUGGUAGAUACUUUGCUUUUAACAGAUGCUGAUUUUAUGCCUACUGAUUUGCUUUCUGCUGAUGAAGAUGUACAAGCUGAUCGAAAUCUGCUCACAUCAAAACAUGUUGCUGGCUCUUCAGAGACUGCUGGUGGCCAGCUAGGAAAUAGUGAUGUAAACCAACAAGAGAAACAGCUUGAUGAUGAUGGAAAAUCUCCACAGGACAGAACUGCAUCAAACAUGUGCCCUGGAAGUAAUAAAGUGUCUGAGCAUGAGAGUGCUUCCCAUUCACGAGUAUGCAAGGAAAUACAGAAAACAGCAGGACAGGGGGAGGAGGUAAAUUAUGAAGAACAAGAAGAUUUCUUUCUCAGAUUUUUAAAUGGUAACAUUAUAGACUCUGAAGAACCGUUUGCAAACUUAGAAAACCAAGAAGACUUUGACACUGUUCCAGAUAUUUCACCUGAACGAUCAUCUUACAGCUCACUGGAGGCUUUGUCAUUAGAUGACAGCUUUUCCUCUCUUGAUGAACUUGCAAGAAGGAUAGAGAUUGCUGAGAUUGCUCCAGCGGAAGGUUUGGUGUCUAUACUAAAGAAGAGAGAUGACGGGGAAGGAAAAACAAUUGCUCAAGUUCAGCAAAGACAAACAAAGAGAAGAGUGCGAUUCCAGGAAAUGGAAGACACAUUAGAUCAAGAUGAAGUGGCUGGCGGCUCCUGCAUUUUGCUGAUCCUGCUCUGCAUAGCAACUGUUUUCCUUAGCGUUGGAGGAACUGCCUUGUACUGCACUUUUGGUGACAUGGAAUCCCCUGUGUGCACAGAUUUUGCAGCCAACAUGGACUUUUAUUAUACACAGAUAUUGCAGCGUAUGGAGGAACUUAAACACUGGAUAGCCUUCUCGUAGCAGAAAUGGGCAGAGACAGCACGCUAAGAGCCCACCCACGAUUACUGGUAAAAGAAAAAAAAAAAGUGACUUCAAGUUCUCUAUAACACUUGCCACCUUCAGCUGAUGUAUAUUUGGUUAUGUACUCAUACUUUUACUUAUUAAUCAAGAAAAGUCCUAGUUUAGCAAUCAGGUGGCAAAAUGUUCACAUCUUAAGCUGUAGCAGUGUGGUGUGGGAGAGCAAAAAGUCAUUCUCGUCACCAU